AUAAUUUGCAUUUAAAAGCACAUUAUGCUGUUGCUAUCUCAUAGCCAAAUUGUAUUACUGCAGCUACCCUUUCAUGCAUUAUGUGGUAGUGUGGUCAAUUUUACCAUCAAAUUAUGUGGAGCAGUAAUAGCUAAGACUGCCUUAAAAGAGUGAAAUUAAGAAAACAAGGAACAACUUGUUUGCUCUUGAUUUUGCUAAUGGUAAAAAUUGUCAACGAAAUUAGGUGAUGAGUGUUUCUUAACAAAAUUUUUUCUUGGGUAGACUUCAUUUACUCAUUCAAUUUGGAAGUGUAGAGUUUUGUUAAUUAUAUGGUGCAUAUUUACUGUGUCAAUGGAGUUUGUUUGACCUUCACUCUACCCAUUUAAGUAUAUUGUAAUAGAAAAAAAUUGGAGGUUGUUCCAAGCUAGAACUGACCCAGGGACAGGACAUACGUGUGGGUUUUAACUUCCCAAGUUGUCGAAUGAACGGACAUUGAAAAUUGCAAGUAACUGUUCAUAGCACUUCAAGGUAGUUUACGCUUAUUGGCUGUAGGAAGACGCCAAAGAUUGUUGCAAUAUAUGUACGAAGAAGUAUUCCUUUGUUUAUGAUGAUGACGUGGUUGUCUUAUUGCCAUUGAAUUGAUACUUGACAUUUGGAAUUGGUAUAGGAUCAGAUAAGGAAUGAAUGGGAAAGUCUACUUUCCCUUUGUUUUUUAGUAAACGCCCCCUUCUUGAUUACACAAAUAGGAUGGAAAUGGACAGGAUUGAACUGCCUCUUCGACUUCAACCGACAGAUGCGUGGCUGAAUCUGUGUUCCGGCUUCUGGCUAUGAAUAUCUGGCAAUUCAUCUCUGAUCGUUCAGCGUUUAGGGAUAACCUUUGCCAAUCUCUUCAACUCCAGUUUUUCCUCAUGAUUAUUACGACUUUCGAGUGUUGAAUUGCGCCUUUCUAGAUAUGAUGGCAAAGGCGAUACUAAAUAUUGUUGUUGUUCUUGUUUCAUGUUGCUUUGCUCUUCUUGCUUCAGGACAGCUUACUUAUCCAUCGGACGCUGAUGCACUGAAUGCUAUUCGGCGUAAACUCAAAGAUCCAGGAAAAACUCUCAGACGUUGGAAAAAAGGUGAUCCAUGUGAGUCAAACUGGACCGGGGUAAUCUGCACCACGAAUCAAGAUGAUGGUUAUUUCCAUGUUCAAGAAUUGCGGAUGCUAAAUUUGAAUCUUUCUGGAACACUUGCUCCUGAACUUGGCCAACUAUCUAAUUUGACUCUUUUGAAUUUUAUAUGGAACAAUAUUACUGGCAGCAUACCAAAGGAGAUAGGCAAUAUAAAAUCUUUGAAAUUCCUGCUUUUGAGUGGAAAUCACCUUUCUGGAUCUUUACCCGACGAGCUUGGUUAUCUGCCUAACUUACUAAUGUUGCAGGUGGAUUUGAAUCAGAUAUCAGGAACACUGCCCAAAUCUUUUGUAAAUCUAGUCAGCUGCAGGCACUUUCACAUGAACAACAACUCAAUUAGUGGUCAGAUUCCAUCAGAGCUCUCCACCAUGCCUGAACUUCUACACUUCCUGUUGGACAAUAAUAACUUAUCAGGGUAUCUACCGUCAGAAUAUUCACAGAUGCGAAGCUUGAAAAUACUCCAACUUGAUAAUAACAAUUUUGGUGGAACUGAGAUUCCUGCUUCUUACAGCAACAUGUCCAAGCUGGUGAAACUAAGUCUUAGGAACUGCAACUUGCAAGGAGCUAUUCCUGAUUUCAGUAGUAUUCAACCACUUCGUUAUCUUGAUCUGAGCCAUAACCACCUUACUGGAGGGAUACCAACAAAUAAGCUUUCUGAUAACAUCACAACUAUUGAUCUAUCCUACAAUUUGCUGAAUGGAUCUAUCCCUUCAAACUUUUCAGGCCUUCCUCAUCUUCAGAGAUUGUCACUAGAAAACAAUUUGUUAAGUGGAGAUGUUCCCUCUACUGUUUGGCAAAAUGUGAAUUUUACUGCUGCAGCAAGACUUAUCAUAGAUUUCCAGAACAAUUCACUUUCAAAUAUUUCAGGCAGUAUAAAUCCUCCUUCAAAUGUUACAAUUAGGCUUGAGGGCAAUCCUGUCUGUAACAUAGCAAAUCAACUAAACAUAGCCCAAUUCUGUGGAAUUACAACUGGAGAUGAUGAUUUUGCACCUGGAAGCUCAAGUAACUCUAAUAACAGCUGCCCACCUCAAUCCUGUCCUCUAAGUGAAAACUUUGAAUAUGUCCCAGAAUCUCCUCUAUAUUGCUUCUGUGCUGCACCUCUUGGAGUUGGGUUACGUUUAAGAAGUCCUACCAUAUCAGAUUUUCGUCCAUAUACCAAUCCAUAUAGGUUGUACAUAACAGCCAGUCUUGGCUUGGAUCUUUAUCAACUAGUUGUUGACUCAUUUAUAUGGCAAAAGGGUCCUAGGCUACAGCUGUAUUUAAAAAUUUUCCCUCAAUCUAGCAAUACUACUGCUAAAUUCAAUGAUAGUGAGAUCCAACGAAUCAGAGACAUGAUUGCUACCUUUGCAAUUCCUUCGAAUGACACCUUUGGUCCAUAUGAGCUGCUCAACUUUACACUCCUCAGACCUUAUUCUAAUGUUGAACUCCAGCCUCUGGAAUCAGGACUAAGUAAAGGUGCCCUAAUCGGAAUAAUCUUAGGGGCCAUAUUCUCUGUAGUAGCAAUAUGUUUGGCCAUUAUGGUCCUCUUCUACAAAAGGCGCACUCAAUCCCGGCGUGAAGUGUUAAAAAAACAGUCAAUUGCUAAGGUUCCAAUCAGAACUGAAAGUGUUAAGGAAUUCAGCUUUGUAGAACUUGAAGCAGGUACAAGCGGAUUCUCUGACACCACUCAAGUUGGUCGAGGAGGCUAUGGAAAGGUUUACAGAGGCAUUUUGGCUAAUGGAACAGUAGUAGCAAUAAAGCGUGCCCAACAAGGAUCUUUGCAGGGUCAAAUAGAGUUCAUAACUGAAAUAGAACUGUUGUCACGGUUACAUCAUCGGAACCUGGUUUCUUUGGUUGGAUAUUGUAGCGAACAAGGCGAGCAGAUGUUAGUGUAUGAGUUUAUGCCCAAUGGUUCUCUCCAUGAUCUUCUCUCAGAUAGAUACAGAGAUACCUUGAGUUUCCCUCUGCGAUUGCGUAUUGCAUUGGGUUCAGCCAAAGGCAUCCUCUACCUUCAUAAUGAAGCUGACCCACCAAUAAUUCAUCGGGAUAUUAAGGCAAACAACAUAUUGCUGGACUUCAAGUUUAAUCCUAAAGUUUCUGAUUUUGGAAUCUCAAGGCUUGCACCAGUGCCAGAUGCUGAAGGAGCUUCAGCUCAUGUAUCCACAGUUGUGAAAGGCACACCAGGCUACCUGGAUCCAGAAUAUUUCUUGACUCACAAGUUGACAGAGAAAAGUGAUGUCUAUAGCCUUGGAAUAGUGUUUCUGGAACUUUUGACAGGGAUGCAGCCUAUCUCUCAUGGGAGAAACAUUGUCCGAGAGGUUUAUGGAGCUUGUCAAUCCGGACUGAUGUUUUCCAUCAUAGACCAGAGCAUGGGUUCAUACCCUUCUGAGUGCACCAAGAAAUUUAUGGCACUGGCCCUGAAGUGUUGCCAGGAUGAUCCCAAGGAACGACCAACGAUGUUGGAAGUUGUGAGAGAGUUAGAGAACUUAUGUUCAGUGCUUCCGGAGUCGGAUUUGAUUCCAACAGGGUCAGAUGCCUCCUCUGCAGGCAGAAUGUCAGCAGGGUAUGCCUCAUCGCCUCUCUACUCUGGCAGGAAUUCCCAAGGGACCACCGAAAUCUUAGGAAGUGAACUUAUUAGCGGUGUAAUCCCCACCAUCAGGCCUCGCUGAUGCCUGCCAUGCCACCAGACCCUUAUUUACUCAACACAUGAAUCAGAUGUGCUCUUAUCAGUUAAUCCUGAAGAAAAUUCGUGUUGAAGGCUGUUUAUUACCCCCUGUUUACUUGUCUUUACGGCUUUGUUUUCACGUGAGAAACGGAAACUAGAUAACUAUGUAUAUUAUAAAUAAAAUAAAUAUGUAUAUAUUGAAAUUGUGCAUUU